UCAUCAUUCGUGACUGUGCAAGGCACGGGGACUCAGACAUGCGUGUGGGAGUGCAAGCGAGGGAGAUGGACGGGAGGCGAGCGCGCUCUCCACAUGUGUAACCUCCCUGUUCCGGAGCCUGCGUUCAUUCAUAUGCAUGCAGUGGUUAAAUAUUUGAUAAAAGGCGGCAUAGCUACACUGCUCAGCCUUAUUUUUAAUGGGCACACCUUAAAAUAGCGUGCUCCUAAAUUGAAAGUGUGAAAAAAUCAUGAGUGUUGGUCCUAGGUCUCGUCCCCUUUCCUCCCCCAUUUGUACUCUCCCCUCCAAAAGGGAACGCUUGCAGCAGAUUGUGGAAGGAUUUGGGUCUGCAGCUAGAGAGAAGGGGAUUAGGGCCAGAGCGGUGCAAGUUAAAUUGUGCUGCAUAUAAAAAAUGGGCGGAUUGGUCUCCAGAUCCAGAGGCUGGUACCACCUUCCUUUCUAAAAUAAAAUCUCUCUGGCAUGAAGUCACCGCCUAUUUCACAUCCGGUUUGCCCUGGGACGUAUUACUACUGUCUUGGUAAAGAGAAAUCUUUUGUUGUAUAGCUGCAGAUUGGAUAUUGGGAAGCAAAUUGGGGUGUGAGAUCCUCGGCGAAGGAGCACGCAGAGUCCAUGAUGGCUCAGAUCGAGUGAGUGAGAGGCAGGGCGAGGACGCCCCUCGCUCGGUGCGCCCGGACUCGCGGACUCGCGCUGGCUCCAGGCUCGCUACGAUUUCCUCUCGCAGACUUUUCCCCGGGUCUGGAGCGAUCCUGUGCCCAGAGGGGGCCCCGAGCUGCACAAGCCCGCGAUGAGGAAGAAAAGCCUGGGUCUCUCUGACUGUCUUUGGGCCUGGACCCUCCUACUGAGCACACUGCCUGGAAGAAGCUGUAACGGACAACCCUCGUUACAAGAUGAACUUAAAGACAACACCACCGUCUUCACCAGGAUUUUGGACCGACUCCUAGAUGGUUAUGACAAUCGCCUGAGACCAGGACUGGGAGAGCGUGUAACUGAAGUGAAGACCGACAUCUUCGUCACCAGUUUCGGGCCCGUCUCAGACCACGACAUGGAAUAUACAAUAGAUGUGUUUUUCCGUCAAAGCUGGAAGGAUGAAAGGUUAAAAUUUAAAGGACCCAUGACAGUUCUCCGACUGAACAAUCUAAUGGCGAGUAAGAUCUGGACCCCGGAUACCUUUUUCCACAACGGGAAGAAGUCCGUGGCGCACAACAUGACCAUGCCCAACAAGCUGCUGCGGAUCACGGAGGACGGCACCUUGCUGUACACCAUGAGGCUGACAGUGAGAGCUGAGUGUCCAAUGCACUUGGAGGACUUCCCCAUGGACGCCCACGCCUGCCCACUAAAAUUUGGAAGCUAUGCUUACACAAGAGCAGAGGUCGUUUAUGAGUGGACCAGGGAGCCAGCACGCUCGGUGGUGGUAGCAGAAGAUGGGUCCCGUCUGAACCAGUACGAUCUUCUUGGACAAACAGUGGACUCAGGCAUUGUUCAGUCUAGCACCGGAGAAUAUGUUGUCAUGACCACUCAUUUCCACCUGAAAAGAAAGAUCGGCUACUUUGUUAUUCAAACAUACCUGCCAUGCAUAAUGACCGUCAUUCUGUCCCAAGUCUCCUUCUGGCUCAACAGAGAGUCUGUGCCGGCCAGGACUGUCUUUGGAGUAACAACUGUGCUCACCAUGACAACGUUGAGUAUCAGUGCCAGAAAUUCCCUCCCUAAAGUGGCGUAUGCAACUGCUAUGGAUUGGUUUAUCGCGGUGUGCUAUGCCUUCGUGUUCUCGGCUCUGAUUGAGUUCGCCACGGUCAACUAUUUCACCAAGAGAGGUUACGCCUGGGAUGGCAAAAGUGUGGUUCCGGAAAAGCCAAAGAAAGUGAAGGACCCUCUCAUUAAGAAAAACAACACGUAUGCUCCCACAGCAACCAGCUACACCCCUAAUUUGGCCAGGGGUGACCCUGGCUUAGCCACCAUUGCGAAGAGCGCAACCAUAGAACCGAAAGAAGUGAAGCCAGAAACGAAACCACCAGAACCCAAGAAAACCUUUAACAGUGUCAGCAAAAUUGACCGGCUGUCGAGAAUAGCCUUCCCGCUGCUAUUUGGAAUCUUUAACUUGGUCUACUGGGCUACGUAUUUAAACCGAGAGCCUCAGCUAAAAGCCCCCACCCCGCAUCAAUAGGUCCUUUUUAUUCACAUUCUUGUUGUUCAGUCCUCUGCACUGGAAAUUGCUUUCUGUCCUCAAUGCGGUAAUUCCCAUCUGCUUUAUUGCCUCUGUCUUAAGAAUCUGAAGGUUUUCUUAUUUCCACAAUUCACACAACAACAACAAGGCCCCUGUCGGGCAGUCCAGAGCAGAGCAGAGGAGCGGAGCGGAGCGUGCAGCGGAGAGACAGGCUUCUGAGAGCGAGGAGAGUGAGGGAGCCCGAGUGACCACGGAGGAGACAGAAUGAGAGAGAGAGGGAGGGGGAAGAAGGGGGCACAGUUCCAAAGACAGGAGGAAAAGGAGAAGCAAAGUCAAACUUAACUAUAACUCUAGAUUACGUGUAGAUAUAUAUUUCCAAAUAUUCUCAAAAAAAAGAAGAUACUGUAUAUGUCAAAAAUAUUUUUAUGUGAAGGUGUUUAAAAGAGUAAAUUAUAAAUGUUUAAUGAAGAAAUGUUUAAUUUUCAAAGAAUCUAUGUCUUUAUUGCACAAACUAUGGUGUGCUCACAGUUUUGUUUUGUUUUUUUUUAAACUGAUGUAUAAUGUGAACAUUUUUUGUUUCCAAAGCUAAAGACCCCAUCAUUUCUCCUGUUACAAAUGCCCAACAUGUUAUUUUGUUGCUAAAUGCUGUUCUAAAACUCGUGGAAAUUGCAUAAGCAAAGGAGCAUUUCCUCACUGUAGAGCACAUUUAAUUCAACGGAGAGAAAUGCUCUCAAUACGCUGCUUCACUAUCACCUCAGCUUUUGCCACUAGACUUGAUGAGGAAUCAUUUUAACAAAGAUAUACACACAAUAAAAACCAAAAAAUAAAUAAAUAAAAUACUUUUAAAAGAUUCCCUUCCUUAUCAUGCCUAUUUCCAGGUAGCACAUGGGCCCAAUAAUCACUUCAUUCCCAUUAUAAAGAUGUUUUAGAAGGGCAAAAAUAUUUUGCAAGCUCUAGAGUUGUUGAAUGUAUUCUUUUAUAUAACAGUACAUUAAAAGCUUUAGAUUGAAAUUUAUGACUAGUGAACAAAAAUAGAAUAUUUAAAUUAUAUAUGUAAAUACACAGCAUGAGAUUGUACAUUUUUUACUUUUUUUAAAGUUGUGUUCUUAAAAUACUGUAUAAGACUCACCGCUGUUAGCUGUUAGAAUGUUAAGUGCUACGGAAAUACUUUUAGAGCCUGCAUUUAAGAUUAGAACAGCUUGUAGGAAUCAGAUGGGACUUCAGAUACACGGGAAUAAAGCUCGCCUAUGCAGAGAAGGCUUGUAACUUCCCACUGCUGUCUGGUGCAUAGCAGGGAAUCAGUUGCUAUCUGCUCACGUCUCGCCACACUUCCCUAAAUUCGGCUCCUGUCAAAUAGAAAGAAAACGGGAAAGCUUUUAAUGAGAGCUAGAAAAUCAACUGUAUAUUACUGCUAUCUUUGCUGAUAUCAACUAUUCCAAUAAGUGUUGUACCAUUAUGUAGCACCAAAUAUAAAAAAAAAUACAUGAAAGAAUGUAUAGAAAAUAGCUUUUAUGGAGUAAUAUUAUUACAUUUCAUUUAUACUGUAGCAAUAUAUUUGUAGGUAUACUAUGUAAGGGCUUUGACUACAAGAGGUCCAUUAAUACUCCCUAUGGAAAUUCUAGUCUGUCUCAUUCCUUCCCAGACGUUUUAGAGAUAAAUAUUUAUGCAGAAGGUAUUUUUGAAGUCUCCUUUUGUCUGAUAGAGUUUCAGAGCUAUUUAAGGUUAGCAUCCAGAACCCACAGGUCAUGGUCUAGAACACACAUUUAGAAUGCCAAAUCACAAACCUGUCAGCACGAUCGCCAAGCCAGGAAGUUGGGAUUCAUGCACAAGUUUUGGGGCAAUGUUUAUUUCCAAAAGCUGCUAUCCAAUGAUGCAGGAAAAUACACUGUGUUUUCCUCAACAAACUCUGGUUUUCUUUCUAAAUGUGCUUUAUUGUUUGAUUUGGUCCUGCCUAAAUUUCACGAGCUAGGCCGAGAAAGGCUGAACUGAGGAUGUUCAUCCUCUGGUAUUUUAUGUAGAUAUCAUGUAUAGAAAAUAAAGUAAAAUAUGGCUCUACCUUCUGUGUUGCUGUUUAUCUUGUUAUUUUUCGACAUUAAUCUAAUGUAUUUAUUAAGAGCAUUUUAUCUUCCAGACUCAUCAAAGCUCACAUUCGGUCUGUAUUUUGCUCAUUAGAUGUGAAUAUUUCUUAGUCUGCUUUCUGCUACACAGUGACUGCAUUUCUAUCAUUUCUGAGUAUGUUGGUACAUGUGGAUAGUAUUCUAUUGUAUUAAUUGAUUGCAUAAUUUAUCAAAGACAAGUUAUUCUAUGUAGCUUUUCUACAGUGCUUUGCUAAACCAUGUAAUACUAGUUAAGUCUUCCUUGAAAAUAAAGUUACACUCUUAUAGAGGACAGUUCCUGUUUACGCCCAGGAAUAUUUUUUAAAAGAUGACACUGAAUGUUUAUUGCACACUAGUGCAGUGAAGUGGCAAUAAAACCUAAUAUGAAUCGGGGUUGUUUAUGGCAGAUGCAUGUAUUGCUUUACAGAGUUUAGCAAAAGCUCUUAAUUUUAUGUCACACUGUAUUCUAUUAUAAUAAUAAAGCUAACAUUAUUCAAUAACAA